UCCAAAAAAAAAAAAAAAAUUAUAAUUAUUAAGGUAAAGAAGUCGGUCUGAAUUUGCCAUAGUUGGAAACUGUCAGCAAAGUGGAUGAGGGUGUAGUAAAGCUCGAACGAAGGAACGAAACAAACGUUUUAGAGACCAAUGGUGGACAUGUUCGAAGCUGCUGUUUUGGCUUCUCAGGUUCGCAUCAAUCUUCAUCCUCUCACUUCCACUUCCACUUCCACCACCACUGUCACCGUCCCAUCUCUUUCUCUCUUGCCAAGCAAUUUAAGGACCACAAGCACAACAACGCCAUGGAAAUUCAGAGCCGCUGUUGCUGUUUUUUCAUCUCCGUCUCCUGGGUCCCUCAAUCAAACAGUUGGUGGGCGAUCUUUGGAACCCAGCAACGACAAAUCUGUAAACAACGGAGAACCAAAUGAGAGUCAAUGGAAGAAGAAGAAGAGGAGGGUAUUCUUCUUGGACGUUAAUCCUCUCUGUUACAAUGGAAGUACACCCAGCUUACACUCCUUUGCUCAUUGGAUUUCUCUUUUCUUCUCUCGAGUCAGCCUCACAGACCCUGUCAUUGCUGUUAUUGAUGGGGAAAGAGGUAAUGAGUAUCGCAGGCAAUUAUUACCUUCAUAUAAGGCGCAUAGGAAAAAAUUCUCAAGACAAAAUUCAGUGUCACAAAGAUUUUCAAAAGUUCCUGUUUGGAGGUCACAUCGAGUAGUCAUUGAUGUGCUCAAGAAAUUAAAUGUUCCGGUCGUAAAAAUUGAAGACCAUGAAGCAGAUGAUGUUGUGGCUACACUUGUUGAUGAAGUUUUACAAAGAGGAUACCAAGUGGUUGUUGCCUCUCCUGAUAAAGAUUUCAAGCAACUAAUCUCUGAGGAUGUGCAAAUUGUUAUGCCCAUGCUUGAGCUUGACCGUUGGUCGUUUUACACCCUAAAGCACUACGUAGCACAGUACAAUUGUGAUCCAUCCUCCGAUUUGAGUCUUAGAUGCAUAAUGGGUGAUGAAGUCGAUGGAGUUCCUGGGAUUCAACAUGUAGUUCCUGGUUUUGGUCGAAAGACUGCACUCAAGCUCUUGAAAAAGCACGGUUCAUUGGAAAAUUUACUAAAUGCAGCAGCAGUAAGAACUGUGGGCAGACAAUAUGCCCAAGAUGCCCUUACGAAAUAUGCUGAUUACCUGCGAAGAAAUUAUGAAGUUCUUUCCUUGAAGAGGGAUGUCAAUGUUCGUCUUCAAGAGGAGUGGUUGUCUGAUAGAGAAACCUGCAAUGAUUCGGUUACCUUAUCCAACUUCUUAAAGCUGUUGGGAGAACCCUGAAGCUGAAUCACCGAAACAGAUCCCAUUCUUCAAAUAGUUAAGCUCCAAUAUGUCCCCAUGUUUUCGACUUCUUUUAAAGAUGCAUUGAAGAUUUAACCUCUUCUCUAAGGUACUAAAGAUAUCCGUGGUUCAUUUCCUGGAUCUCCAAGUUGGAUUUAUGGAUCUUUUUAUUUUAGUUUUAAAUAACCAUGCUUCACUGUAAGCUAAUGAUGUAGACACUUGUAGACUUAUACUCAUUGCUAGCUAAGCUUUAGGAACACUGGAUGGCUUUUGCCCCAUUGAUCAAUUAAACUAGUUGAAGAACAUGCAUUACUGAUAGAAGAUGAAUUGAAAACUUUCUGAUUUGUACUUCAAGACUUGUAAUAAAGAUGCAUCGAAGCGGCUUGUCUUGAAAAUAGUAACACAGCUUUCACACUAA